GGGUGUGUCCGCAGAGGCUGGAGGCCGCCGGGGGCGGGGGGUGGGGGACGAGGGAAGGGAGGCGGGAAACAGCUUGGUGGGUGCGGGGUCGCGCGUUUCUCUCAGCCGGGCGGUUCCGAAAUGGCGGUGCAGCCGAAGGAGACGCUGCAGCUGGAGAGCGCGGCCGAGGUCGGCUUCGUGCGCUUCUUCCAGGGCAUGCCGGAGAAGCCGACCACCACGGUGCGCCUCUUCGACCGGGGCGACUUCUACACGGCGCACGGCGAGGACGCGCUGUUAGGAGCAAAGAAUCUGCAGAGUGUCGUGCUUAGUAAAAUGAAUUUUGAGUCUUUUGUAAAAGAUCUUCUUCUGGUUCGUCAGUAUAGAGUUGAAGUUUAUAAGAAUAGAGCUGGAAAUAAGGCAUCCAAGGAGAAUGACUGGUAUUUGGCAUUUAAGGCUUCUCCUGGCAAUCUAUCUCAGUUUGAAGACAUUCUCUUUGGUAACAAUGAUAUGUCAUCUUCCAUUGGUGUUGUGGGUGUUAAAAUGUCCACUGUUGAUGGCCAGAGACAGGUUGGAGUUGGCUAUGUUGAUUCCAUACAGAGGAAGCUGGGACUGUGUGAGUUCCCUGAUAAUGAUCAGUUCUCCAAUCUUGAGGCUCUGCUGAUUCAGAUCGGACCAAAGGAGUGUGUUUUACCAGUAGGAGAGACUGCUGGAGACAUGGGUAAACUGAGGCAGAUUAUUCAAAGAGGAGGAAUUCUGAUCACAGAAAGAAAAAAAGCGGACUUUUCCACAAAAGACAUUUAUCAGGACCUCAACCGGUUGUUGAGAGGCAAAAAGGGAGAACAGAUGAAUAGUGCUGUCUUGCCAGAAAUGGAGAAUCAAGUUGCAGUGUCAUCAUUGUCUGCAGUAAUCAAGUUUUUAGAACUCUUAUCAGAUGAUUCAAAUUUUGGGCAGUUUGAACUGACCACUUUUGACUUCAGACAGUACAUGAAAUUGGAUAUUGCAGCAGUCAGAGCCCUUAACCUUUUCCAGGGUUCUGUUGAAGAUACUACUGGCUCUCAGUCUCUGGCUGGAUUGCUGAAUAAAUGCAAAACCCCUCAAGGGCAAAGAUUAGUUAACCAGUGGAUUAAGCAGCCACUCAUGGAUAAGAACAGAAUAGAAGAGAGAUUAAAUUUAGUGGAAGCUUUUGUAGAAGAUGCAGAAUUGAGGCAGAUUUUACAAGAAGAUUUACUUCGUCGAUUUCCAGAUCUUAACCGACUUGCCAAGAAAUUUCAAAGACAAGCAGCAAAUUUACAAGAUUGUUACCGACUCUAUCAGGGUAUAAAUCAGCUCCCUAAUGUUAUACAGGCUCUGGAAAAAUAUGAAGGAAAACACCAGACAUUGCUGCUGGCAGUUUUUGUGACUCCACUUAUCGAUCUUCGUUCUGAUUUCUCCAAGUUUCAAGAGAUGAUAGAAACAACUUUAGAUAUGGAUCAGGUAGAAAAUCAUGAAUUUCUUGUAAAACCUUCAUUUGAUCCUAAUCUGAGUGAAUUAAGAGAAAUAAUGAAUGACUUGGAAAAAAAGAUGCAAUCAACUUUGCUAAGUGCAGCCAGAGAACUUGGCUUGGACCCUGGCAAACAGAUUAAAUUGGAUUCCAGUGCACAGUUUGGAUAUUACUUUCGUGUAACCUGUAAGGAAGAAAAAGUUCUUCGUAACAAUAAAAACUUCAGUACAGUAGACAUCCAGAAGAAUGGUGUUAAAUUUACCAACAGCAAAUUGACUUCCUUAAAUGAAGAAUAUACCAAGAAUAAAACCGAGUAUGAGGAAGCCCAGGAUGCCAUUGUUAAAGAAAUUGUUAAUAUCUCUUCAGGCUACGUGGAACCAAUGCAAACACUCAAUGAUGUGUUAGCUCAGCUAGAUGCUGUUGUGAGCUUUGCUCAUGUAUCAAAUGGAGCACCUAUUCCAUAUGUGCGACCAAUCAUUUUGGAGAAAGGACAAGGAAGAAUUAUACUGAAAGCAUCCAGACAUGCUUGUGUUGAAGUUCAAGAUGAAGUUGCAUUUAUUCCUAAUGAUGUAUACUUUGAAAAAGAGAAACAGAUGUUCCACAUCAUCACUGGCCCCAAUAUGGGAGGUAAAUCAACAUACAUUCGCCAAACUGGGGUGAUAGUACUCAUGGCCCAAAUUGGGUGUUUUGUGCCAUGUGAGUCGGCCGAAGUGUCCAUUGUGGACUGCGUCUUGGCCCGGGUAGGGGCUGGGGACAGUCAGUUGAAAGGAGUCUCCACAUUCAUGGCUGAGAUGUUAGAAACUGCUUCUAUCCUCAGGUCUGCAACCAAAGAUUCAUUAAUAAUCAUAGAUGAAUUGGGAAGAGGAACUUCUACCUACGAUGGAUUUGGGCUAGCAUGGGCUAUAUCAGAUUACAUUGCAACAAAGAUCGGUGCUUUUUGCAUGUUUGCAACCCAUUUUCAUGAACUUACUGCCUUGGCCAAUCAGAUACCAACGGUUAAUAAUCUACAUGUUACAGCACUAACCACUGAAGAGACCUUAACUAUGCUUUAUCAGGUGAAGAAAGGUGUCUGUGAUCAGAGUUUUGGGAUUCAUGUUGCAGAGCUGGCUAAUUUCCCUAAACAUGUAAUAGAGUGUGCUAAACAAAAAGCCCUGGAGCUCGAGGAGUUCCAGCAUAUUGGAGAAUCACAAGGCUAUGAUGAGACAGAACCAGCAGCGAAGAAGUGCUAUCUGGAGAGAGAGCAAGGUGAAAAAAUCAUCCAGGAGUUUCUAUCCAAGGUGAAACAAGUACCCUUUACCGAGAUGUCAGAAGAAAACAUCACAGUAAAGUUGAAACAGCUGAAGGCUGAAGUGAUGGCAAAGAAUAAUAGUUUUGUAAAUGAAAUCAUUUCCCGAAUAAAGGUGACUACAUGAGAAGAUCCCAGUAAUGGAAUGAAAAUAAUAUUGAUAAGCUAUAAUUGUCUGUAGUACUUUUGUAUUGUUUUAUAUUAACUCUUUUUCUGUAGGGUUACUUAUUGAUGCCCAUGGUAUAUCAACUUAAUAAGGUAUUUAGUAAUACUCUUCUCUGAGUACAUUUUCAAAACUAUUUUAAGAAAUGAGACCUGUAACUGAGGACUUUAAAUGGACAUGGACAAUAAUGAACAAUAUGCUGAAUUUUAUAAAUAAAAUCAUGUAGUUUGUGGAAUUUGA